CAAAUUCACUUUUGUCGUCCCAGCCAUGCAGAUUUUUCGAGCUUUCGCACUUUCCUACAAACUUUUUAUUCAAAACUCACGUUUUUUAACCUCCGAUUGAGUUUUUUUCGAUUUUCGAUAUGUCUUUUAGGAAAGCAAGUGUUACGAGUCUGGGGUCCCGGGGGACGCUCGUCCCCGAAGAGGAGCCACGUUAUGAGGAUAUGUCCGACGAGGAAUUACGUCAGUCCCUCGAAAUAGCUCUUCGUACGAACAAAGUUUUGCAACUGGAGAACGACGUUUUCGAACGAUACCUAACCAAGCAUGACCCGCAGUCUCUGGCCACGAUGAAUCAAGUUUUGGAAACUGCGAGGCACGCACAAAAAGUAGCGUCGCAGAUUGCGCCGAUGGCUUCGGCGAUGAGCCUCACCGGAAGCGGGAGCGCGACCCUGAGCGCCAUCCGCGAUAAGCAAGUUUACUCGCCGAGUAUGGUGAGCACCACGACCUUCAGUGGAGGUCGUCGUUAUACGUCGACGCUUUUGCCAUCGGUUCCGAAGACGUACAGAAUAACCGUGGCUCACCGAAUCGAAAUGGCGAGCAAGGAGAUCGACGAGAUGAAGAAAAGCCUCGCAGAAUUGGAGCAGUUCACGAUAAAGCGUCGGGCGAAUUUGCGGGCGCAGAUGGAAGAGAUCGAAUUAAGGAUUCGAGAGACUCACGAGGCGAGACACGAGUUGGAAAUAAAUUUGGAAAAAAGAUGGAUCGAUCCACUGACAGGAAAAAUUCCAGCAGAAAAAUUCAUCAGGUUCAUAGAAGAAUGGCUCCGAGCUGCUGACAGCGUGAUCGAGAAGCUUCGACUCAAGAGUGGGACGAUCAAAACGCAAAUAAAAAAAGCGAGGCACCAGUUGCGUCAGCGUGAAGAGCUCGGGGAGACCCUCCAUCCCAUUGAUUUCCAGCAACUCGCCAUUGAGAAUCAAGAUUACUUGAAACAGAUCGAGGAAAAAAAUCAGCAUUUGAUCGACCUUAAGAAAAUAACAGCUCGCUACAACAUUGCCCUCACUUCGUACAAACAAAAAAUGGCUGAUCAGAUGUCCUCCCUUAAUAAUAUCAGGAAAGAAAUUUCACUGAAAAAAUCACAGAUCGAUAAACUGAGACAGGAUCAAACAAUCACUCGGGCAGAAGUCGAAAAAGCUGAAAAACAAUUGGCUAAAGUCGUUCACGUCAUCGACGAAUAUGAGGUCCCUGACAUUCUGGACUUCGUGAAAGUCCAAGCUGAGCUUCGAGAGAUGAAGAAAACAUACAAACGUCUCGAGAGGCAUAGGAAGAUCCAAAUGACAGCUUUGAAGACGUUCAGGAAGCAGCAGAAUCAACUGGAGCUCAUGAGGACCGUGGAGAACAAAUCAGGGCUCAGUUGAAGUGGGCACUCUUGCUUGUAGUCGAAAAACAAAUAAAAACUAUGUAAAUACGA